AACAGACUAACAGUAGGAAAUGUGGCCAACUGUGAGGACUGGAGCCAAGGCUUCUCCCAGCGAUUCUUUCAGCACGUCAAUGGAUUUGAGCGACAGAAGCAGCGGCAGUGCAAGCGAUUGCGGUAUCGACCACAGCACGAGCACCAGGACGAGCAGUAGCAGCAGCAUCUCAUCAACGUCAUCUCGUGGCUUGCUACAGUCUAUUUUCCCAUCCUUUUUAGGUCUUUUACCGCAACUUAGCUCCUACAGUGCUGGGGCAGGUGCGAAAGGCACCUUUAAGCCGAUAAAAGAACACACGGGCAACAAACGGGUAUCCCUCCACCGCUAUUCCCAAGCCACUCUCGCCACAGGCAUUACGCGUGCGGCUGUAGCCUGUCCUCCGACCGAAGAUCCGAACGAAUGGCUGGCUGUGCAUACAGUGGAUGCGUACAAUGAACUCGCUCUGUUGUACGGGGUCAUCCACGCGAAGUGCUCACCUUCCAAAGAGAGCUGCUCGGUCAUGAACGCGGGCCCGGAGUUCGAAUAUCUAUGGGCGGACAGCGAUCUCCACAAGAAACCCACCAAGGUAUCUGCCAAGGACUACGUGAAUUUGCUGUUGUCAUGGGUGGAAAAGCAGCUGCAUGAUCCGGCGGUUUUCCCGCCAUCGACAAACAUCGCCUUCCCUCGGACUUUUAAGGUGACGGUGGCCAAGAUCUUCACGCGUUUGUUUCGGGUUUAUGGACACAUCUACCUUAUGCACGCGCAGGACGUGGAACAAGCGGGGGCUAUGAGUCACCUCAAUUCUUGCUUUAAGCACUUCAUCUUCUGCGUCCUGGAGUUCGACCUGGUAGAGGACCGGGAACUCGUCCCCCUGCACCUCUUGAUCCGCAACAUUGUCGCAGAAGAUACGCGGAAGCAAGCAGCAGCCCGACCCUCCAUCCCUGCUGUCUCAUCCUCGUCGGCUAACAGAGGGCUGGGAUGGGGCAGGCCCUGCCAAGCCGCGGUGUCGGCCUCCCAUUCACCGCACCAGGCGAGAAUGCAGCGCCUGCGUAGCAACAGUGGCCACAGCACCAACAGCUGUAACUUGAGACCAGCAAACAGCGCUCAAAAACCGAUGCCCUCGACCCGACAGGAACGAUCGUCAUUUCCGUCUCCGUUAUUCCCUUCUUCACCCUCACCUUCCACCUCCUCCUCUUUUUCCUCUCCCAGCACCUCCACUCUGUCCCCCUCAUUGGCAUCCAGAUCGCCAAGAGAAGAGCACCGCAUGCCGCGCACUAAUAGCACUGGCACUGAUGGUGGGCACUGCAGCACCAGGCACCGCAUAAGCCCGCACGGACACAAGGGCAAAGAACCGAGAGCGGGGCCACGAAAGUUGCUUGUAGGGAAGCCGCAUGACGCCUUAAGCCCGGUCAAACUUUAG